AUGGCAAAAGGGCCUUAUACUUUCAAUAAUAGACCUCUGGUGUUGAAGAACUGGAUGCCGGAUUUUGAAAUUGACAAGGAACCUAUGCGUGUGAUGCCAUUGUGGGUCAACUUUCCUGGGCUACCUAUCCAAUGUUGGGCAGAAGAGAACUUGGGAAGAAUUGCUAGUUGUUUGGGGAAGCCUGUAUGUACUGAUAGAUUAACAGCAGAGUGUGAGAGAAUAUCUUAUGCUCGUGUGCUAAUUGAAAUGGAUAUAACACAACCGAUGCCAGAUGAGCUGAAACUAGAACAAAAAGAUGGCAAAAUUAGGGUGCAAAGUGUGGAGUAUGAAUGGAAACUAGUAUUCUGUCAAGAAUGCAACAAAUUUGGGCAUCCUAAUGGUGAAUGCAAAAAGGAACCACAGAGAGGGAUGCAGAGGAAAAAGGAUAAAAAGCAGCAAUGGGUGAGGAAAGCUAAAGAAGAUGACAAUGAAGAGAAAAAAAUACCACCUGAGAAGGAGAUACAGAAGGAAGAAGAGAGUACACAAGAGAAGUUGCAAGAGGUACAAAUACAGAUUGAAGAUAGGGGCAAACAGAUUAAGAUUUACCAGGGCAAGCCUAAAACAAAAGGACAGCCUCCUAUUGAACUUGAAGAACUAACAAGAAGGAACAAGUAUGCAGUAUUGAGAAUUCAGGAAGAACCACCUCACAGGAUUGAAAAAAGGCACAUACAAGGGGUUACAAAAGGGCCUACUCCAACUACAAUCCCACUAAUAUGA